AUGUCCCGAAUGACGGCUACAACUUUGGCCCUCUCCGCGAGUGGCUGCAUGGCAUUUGUGGCACCUAACGGACCUGCCGCCGAUGUCCAAACUGUGUCCCUACGUGCCUCCGUGCACCGGGCCCCACAGUCGCAGUCGGCCAACCUCCUGGGGAUGGCAGGCACUGCUGUGGCGGUCUCAGCCCUGGGUGUUGCUAUGAACCGCCGCAAGUCCUCGUCAGUCGCAAGACAGGUUGUGGGUGUUUGCCUGCCACUCACAGAGAAGUUUGACCCACUGGGGCUGGGAAGCACUGAUGCCAAGAUGGAUCGCUACACCCAAGUUGAGAUCAAGCACGGCCGUGUAGCCAUGAUCGCUGUCAUGGGAUAUAUUAUGCCAGAACUCUUCCGCUUCCCAGGGUGCGAGGCCUUCAGUCACGGCCUGGGUGCUUUGGAGUCCAUUCCUUUGGAGGGCUGGGUGCAGUUGGUUGCGCUGGUGGGCGCUCAUGAGGUCCUGGUGAAGCCUCGCGAGGGUGGCAUGGGCCCCUCAGAUUUCGGACUGGGCACUGAGUUGUUGGAUGGCAUUGAUGAUGAGGAGCUGGAGCGAAAGCAAACCUCCGAGCGCAACAAUGGCCGUUUGGCGAUGAUCGCCAUCAUGGGCCUCAUGGUGCAAGAUGGCAUGUUCGGAGAGCCUCCUUUGACCUACAUGUCAAAGAAUGGAUGGUGGGGUGAGCCAGUUCAGUUCUUCGUGCAGCACAUCAACAACUGCCAAUCCUUCGAUGGUUCUCCCAUCCAAAACGGCAGCAUUUGUGCCUUGCCACGCCGCACCGGCCGCACCCAGCUCCGUGCUGUGCAGAAGCUCAGCGAAGGGCCAUACGUGGAGACUGAGACCUACCCCAAGGAGAUGGAAAUGUCGGCCGCCGUGCCAUUCCUGCGUUACCCACAAGUGCUGAAGGGCUGGGUUGGCGGCGAGAAGGGCUUCGAUCCUUUGGGAGUCACCGAUGCCUUGCCAGUCUACUGGGUGCGUGAAGCAGAAUUGAAGCACGGCCGAAUUUGUAUGCUCGCGACGGUGGGCUGGAUUUCAGGAGAUCUGGGCUUCCGCUUCCCGGGCGACAAGUUCCAAGCCGUUGCCAACAGCUUCGAGGCUCACGACAAGAUGGUGGAAGCUGGAUACAUGUUGCCUUUCCUGGGUGCCAUUGGUACCUUUGAGCUCUACUCCUUGUGGCUUUUGUUCAAGGGAUGGGAGCAGGAGGUGAACCGCGAUGCUGGAGACUUCUUCUUGGGCAAACAAUUUCUGCCAAAAGAACCUGAAAAGGAGAAGGACAUGCGCCUCAAAGAGCUGGAGAAUGGACGGCUGGCCAUGUUCGCCUUCAGUGGCAUUGUCACGCAGGCGGCCAUCACUGGAAAGACCUGGAACAGUGCCUACGCGCUGCCUCUUCUGUGGGAAGCUAAGGGGGGUGGUCAUGGUUUCAAGAGCCAAGCUUCACAGGUGAUGGAUGCCAACCUGCUGCUGUUCAAGACAGUCAUUGCAGGUGAUGGGUGGGGCACGAUUGCCGUGCCUGUCAUUGAGGCCUAUCCCGCCACCGCUGUGAUAUUUGUGGGAUCUUUGCUGACUCUUGUCUUCGGAGUGUUGAACCUAAUAGUGGCCGUGGUUUUAGACACAUUCGCAGAAGUCAGAGAACGAGAUGUCUUGAACCUGGCAGAGGAAAUGGAAACGGACAUCGAGAUGGACAAAAAGUUUCUUCAGAAAAUCUUCGACCGCGUGGAUGAGGAUGGCAGCGGCGAGCUGACUUUGAGCGAACUGAUUGACGGUGCCAGAAAGGACCCUGAGUUUCAGAGCCGCCUCCGGGUAAUGGAUAUCGAUAAGGCAGAUCUUCAGCAACUUUUUCAGAUGAUCGAUACCGAUGGCUCCGGCACCGUGGAGCGCAACGAGUUCAUCCAGCCAUUGAGUCGAUGGGUGCACGAGUCAAAGACAGCUCCGCGCUUCAUCAAGUACAAUUUGAUGCGGUCGCUUCACGAACAAGAACAGAUGAAAGAAAUGAAUCAGUACAGAUUUGACCAGCUGAAUGGGCACUUGCAACGGAUUGCUUUGGGCUUGGGAGUGCCAUUGGAAAGAGCCAGUGCAAGGCCAUACAAAAGCGUCAAGCGAUCCUUGAUUUCGGACAUCGGUGACAGUCCUCCAGCACCGAAGGAUGUGGAGACGGAAGCUUCCAAGGCCACGUCUAAAUCCGUAAAGGCUGGCACAGGUUCACAGUUCGACACCUUUGAGAAGGCGGGUGAGUCUUUGACUUCCUCAGCAUCCACGGAAGAUCUGGAAAAGGUCCAUCUAGGCUUAUCAUCGAUCGACUUCCAUAGCUUCACCGACUACUACAAGAAUAAGCGAUCCUCCAGGGUGGAGGAGAAUUUGGUGCAGCUGGGGCUGCUGGUGGAGGAGUCGCAACCACCAGGCUUGAAUCACCUUGACGAUGUGCUCCACUCAGCCUUGGAGGUGGCACAAGAACUCCUCACAGAUGCCACGAGUGCGGCAUUGGUUCGCGCAGAGCAUACAUUGAAUCUGCGGCUACGCGGCCUCAUACGAGCUGGUGCUGAUGAAGUGAAUGGAGGGAAACGGAUUGAGUCCCAAAUGUGCUGCUGGCCAUUUGGGUCUGGGACUCGGAUGGACGAAUUGGUGGACGAAUUGGUGGACGAACCAUGUGUGAAUGCUGUGUCUCAGGAUGAGCGCGAAACAGACCAUGUUCUCAGCGAUGGUGAAACUGUGCUGACCCUGCCUCAUCCUGGGAUGAAUGGCCACAGUGUUCCGCCGGGGCCAACCACCAAAAAGCAGCCAGGACAAAGAGAAAAAGUCCCAGUCUGA